AUAUAAUUUGGGUUUAGGGUUUAAGAGUAGCAUAACUCACUUUUGCUACACUGUCACUUGAACGAACACAACUGUCAAAGGAAACUUCGUACAAUCAAAUCAAAUGCGUGUCUGAAAUUUUUUCCAUGUGGGUUUCAACAAUAAGGUCAGCUUCUUAUAGAUACCUAUUCAAGAACAGCUAUCAUUUAAUUCGACUUAAAUCAGUUUCUUCAGUAGCUCAAUUAAGCCCAUAUUUUUCGGAUUCUAGUUCUGAUGAACAAAAUGGAAAUACCCAAAUGAAAAAUAGUACCAAUAAUAUUCUUGAGGUAAAUUCUUAUUGGGUCACUGAAAUGCUCAACAGUUUAAAGGAAGAGCCUGAAAAUGCUUUAUUAUUUUUUCGUCAAUUAAAAGAAAGUGGGUUUAAACAUGAUGUACAAACUUAUAUGGCUAUGGUUAGGACAUUUUGUUAUUGGGGUAUGGAUAUGAAAUUGGAUUCUUUGUUUUUGGAGGUUAUAAAUUGUGGAAAAAAGGAUUUGGGGUUUGAGGUUUCUGAUUUGUUUGAGGAACUAGUGGAGGGGUUAAAUGCUGAGGGCCCUAAUUCGUUGGUUCGGGCUUUGGAUGCAUUGGUUAAGGCUUAUGCUAGUUUAAGGAUGUUUGAUGAAGCUAUUGAUGUGUUGUUCAAGACGAAAAGGUGUGGUUUUGGGCUGAGUGUGUUGUCGUGUAAUUAUCUCAUGAAUCGGCUUGUUGAGUGCGGGAAAGUAGAUAUGGCCGUGGCGGUUUAUAAACAGUUGAAGAGGAUUGCGGUGAAACCCAAUGUGUAUACAUAUGGAAUUGUGAUCAAGGCAUUGUGUAGAAAAGGUAGUUUGGAAGAAGCGGUUAAUGUAUUUGAGGAGAUGGAGAAAGCUGGUGAAACUCCUAAUGAGUUUACUUAUUCCACUUAUAUUGAAGGGCUUUGCUCGUAUGGUAGAUCAGACUUGGCUUAUGAUGUAUUGCGGGCAUGGAAAGGAGCGAAUCUACCCCUUGACGUCUAUGCCUAUACUGCUGUAAUUCGCGGGUUUGUUAAUGAGAAGAGGUUGCAAGAAGCAGAAAUUGUUCUGCUUGACAUGGAGGAGCAAGAACUGAUCCCUGAUGCCUUUUCUUAUGGGGCUAUAAUUCAUGGUUACUGUGAUGCCGGGAAUAUUACUAAAGCUCUGGAUUUCCAUGACAAGAUGGAAGCAAGGGGUAUCAAAAGUAAUUGUGUAAUUGUCAGCUCAAUUCUUCAGUGCUUGUGCAAAAAUGGCAAGGCAUGUUAUGUUGUUGAUCAGUUCAGUAGUUUUAUGAAGCAGGGUAUUUUUCUUGAUGAGGUGGCUUAUAAUGUCGUAAUUGAUGCCCUGUGCAAACUCGGUAGGUUUGGAGAGGCGGUGAAGUUGCUUGAUGAGAUGAAGGGUAAGAAGAUGACACUUGACAUUAUGCAUUACACUACUUUUAUAAAUGGGUAUUGCCUCCAUGGAAAAAUACUAGAUGCGUUGGAGUUAUUUGAAGAAAUGAAAGAGAAAGGCUUGAAACCUGACGUUAUUACUUAUAAUGUGCUUGCUGGUGGAUUUUCUAGAAAUGGCCUUGUUAAAGAGGCACUUCACCUUUUGGACCAUAUGAAGGGACAAGGCUUGACUCCAACGACUGUCACACAUAAUGUGAUUAUUGAGGGCUUAUGUGUUGGAGGUUAUGCAGAGGAGGCUGAAGCAUUUUUUAGUAGUUUGGAGUAUAAAUCUGUAGAAAAUUAUGCUGCCAUGGUGAAUGGAUAUUGUGAAUUAGGCAACACUAAAGAUGCCUAUGAACUUUUUGUUAGGCUAUCAAAACAAGGCAUUUUAAUUAGAAGGAACUCUCGUUUGAAGCUUCUCACUAGCCUCUGUCUGGAAGGUGAAUACGGGAAAGCCAUAAAGUUGUUCGAGAUAGUGUUGACUUUAGAUGAUGACACUUGUAAAAUAAUGUACAGCAAACUAAUUGCUUGUUUAUCUAGUGCUGGAGAUAUGAAAAGGGCCAGGUGGGUGUUCGAUAAUAUGGUUUGGAGAGGAUUAACGCCUGACGUGGUUAUUUAUACUAUGAUGUUAAAUGGUUAUUGCAAGGUGAAUCACUUGCAGGAAGCUGUUAAUCUUUUUGAUGAUAUGAAGGAAAGGGGCAUUUCUCCUGAUGUGAUCACUUACACAGUUAUGCUUGAUGGUCACUCUAAGAAUGUAAAAAGAGAUCGAUUGUCAUCAGAUACAGGGAGGAAUGGCGGAGAAAGAAAGGAUACAUGGUGGAAUAAUGGGGAAAAGACAGACCCUUCAACUUUUUGGAGUGAAAUGAAGGAGAUGGAAUUAAAAGCUGAUGUUAUUUGCUACACUGUUUUGAUUGACAGGCACUGUAAAUCAGAUAACAUUGAUGAUGCUAUUCGCCUUUUCACUGAAAUGAUUGAUCGAGGUUUAGAACCUGAUAGUGUUACAUACACAGCUCUGAUAUGUGGCUAUUGUAAGCAAGGACAGGUUGAGAUGGCUAAAGACCUUGUGAAUGAGAUGUGGAGUAAGGGAAUACAACCAGAUAGCCAUACAAUCUCAGCAUUACAUCAUGGCAUCAUAAAGGCCAAAAAGGUGCACCUUAGGCAUAACAAUAACUCGGGAAAAUCAGAGGUGAUUCGAUCCUCAUAGAUGAGUGACAUUUAUUGGAGCUCUAUUGCACUGCGUAAGUUGUCUAUUAUGGAAAUGCCGAGCUUCAUGCAAGGAUUAUCAGGAAAUGCACCAGUAAAUUACAACGGGGAUUGGGGUGCCAAGCAUCAGACCAACUUGAAAGAUUCUGGUCAAUCUAUACCUGUUGGUGGUCUUGCCUAUAAUAUUGCUGCACCAUGAAGCCUGGCGGAUACAAUAGCACAUACUUCCAAUGCUAUAUUGUAUUCACUGCUGUCAGCUUGUGCUUUGUUCUUGAAAACUUGGAUCAAGGUUUCAGGAUCAUCAGCCUAUGUUGUAGCUAAGCCGUUAAAGGAAUGGUGAUGGCUGGGUAUGAGAAAUCAAACAUGUACAAAGAGUUAAACCUCUAGAUAUGGACAGCUGCAGCCUUUGGUGGAGAGUGUGUGGCAUCCAGACUGUGUUGGGUGAUCUGAUAGGAGCAGUUGGUUCAGGGACUGUAAUUUCUUGGCAGUCGCCAUCAUAUAUCAGUAUUUUGACGCAUACAAGAAGGUUUCAGAUCAAACAUCAAUAAUUGGACAGCCUUGCAACAACAAGAAAGCUAGCUGAAAAAAGAUGCAGUAACUGGGGCUCUGGAAGGGCGCCGUUCUUUGUGUCUUUUUCGCAUAUAUUGUAAAAGAAAAAGUUUCAUGUUAUAACCAUGUUGUAUAGAAACCUCUUUUGAAUAUAAUUAUCCAUUUUGAUUUCAAUACAGAGCACUGUGUUUACUAUCACCACCACAAUUGAAAAAAAAAUUCUAAAUUGUUGGGCCCCUGCAUAGCAUGGGCAUCAUCCCUCUAGUUUGAGAUAUAUAUAGAAAGAUAUAGCCAAGAUCAGUUUCAACAUGUCUUUUUCUUGGAAUUAAUUCAAAGCUGUUGUACUUUUUUGCUCCGACAGUCUAAAAAUGUUCUCAAUAUGACCCCAAAAAAAACUAAAUAUCUCUAAUCUUAAUACCUCUCGUUUCUGUUCGAACAGCUUACAUAGCUCUUUAUAUAAGGACUUGCGUGUCCUUUUACGCUGCAACAAACAGCCACCUCCCCAAAUACCUUAUUUUCCUCUUUUUUCUCCAAAAUCUUCUUUGCCUCGGUUUCCCUGUUAGUUGUGUCUUUCUUUAAGUUUCUCCAAUUUCUACCCUGUUCAGUUUCUUGUUCGCCUUUGUUUAUUUAAUUUCUGCUGUUUAUUGAUCAGGUUUUCUUGGCUUUUAUUUGUUUUCUGUAAUUCAUCUGCUUUGUCUACAUGGAGUGAUGGAGAACAUCUAUCCGUGCACCCUCCAAAUUCCACAUGCAUCCUUCUGGUCUUCCGCAAGGUCAGAGCACAGAGAAGUAGAAAGAAGAUGCAGUAGCUUAUUUAUUGGUAUACUGCAUGGAAAAUGACGGCAUUCAUCGUUUACCCAUUGUGGUCAGUUCACUUUUGAUAUUUGGAAUGUGAGACUUUAAAUUUUAUGUAAGAGUUCGUUUAUCGUAUUUGAUCCUGGUAUAUUUCAUAAAUUGAUGUUUAGUACCAGCAGAAAUUAGAAAAUAACUGAAAAGAGACUUCAAGAUGAAUGUGCCUUAUUGCUUAGACAAUGAGGUAUUGGUGAAAUGAAGGAUGAAUUUCAUCUGUUACUACAUAUUAAUUUAGUUCAAUCUUUUUGAGCAUAGUGCAUUUGUUGAAGAAUAUGGAUGUGAAAUGGAUAAAGGGAGUACAUGGCUGAAGACGUUGAAAAUCUAGUCUGGUAACUGCAACAGAAGUAUGUUUUGUACCUCGGAUCUUCCAAAGAUUUGGCUGAGAGACGAGUUGCAACCAUUGUUUUGAGAAAGAACGAAGUUUGAUCUCCUUAUAUGCGAUAUCAGGUAGAUUGUAGUUUAUCUGUACAUUCCGAUUUUUUCUAUGUUUUUUAUUUUUUAAUAAAUAAGUGAUUUUAGCCAUCUUAUGAUCCAAAGAAGAAUGAAGAAUACAACAAUAACAAUCCCAUACAUGAGAAAAUUUUCUUUUAGACUCGCUUCUUUGCCGGUGGCUGCUGGUGAAGCCAGUUCUAUGAGGCAAGUCAAUGAGGCCAACUUAAUGAAGGUAGUGUUUAGGAAUUUUCAGUAUUGAUUCUAUUUUCUGCUUUAUUCUUGGGGAUAAAACUAAAAAAGUUGGUUUGUGCAGGGAUGGAAUAUUAUAGUCAUGGAUAUUACCUUUUUCUUUUCGCCUUUGUAUAUUUCUUUGUCUGCUUAGUCAGGGAAAGCCUGUCCAUUUCUCCCCUUUUUUCUUGUUUGUUUCGUAUGAAGCUCAGGGAUUAAAAGCAAUGCAGAAACUUGUUGAAAUUUGAUUCCAGUUUUCUUUUUACUGGAUUCUGAUGGAUCAUCUUUAUUGUGAAAAUCCUCCUAUUGCUUUCUUAAUAUUGCUCUAAACACAUUCUUUUAUAGUAUACGCUUUAUUAGUAGAAUGAGACCAUCAAGCAUUAAUUCACUGGAGAUUUCACUGAUCUAAUAUUUUUCAAUUAUGACCAGUUCAAAAUAUAUGAGAACCCAAGAGCUUUGUCCUCACUCCUCAGAAGAUAGAAUAUGAAUAUGUGCCUUUUAAUUUAUAAAUUAACAACUUAAGUGAACUAGAUGUUUUGUUUCCCUUUUUGGUUUCCAGCAAUAGAAUAGGUGCUGGGUGAUGAACUAAUGUAUCUUUGGUUUAUUUAUAUCAACAUUGUACUAGGUAGGUGGUCCAUUUGACUAAUUAUGUGUAGUUAUUAAAGAUUUUUUAAUCCUACUUUGAUAAGCAUUGUGUUUUAGGCAUGUGUUUUAUAUCUUUUGGAGGUGGAAGCAUUUUAAGUAGGAGCGAAGUGUUCUUUUUAUUUUUAAUUUUAACCUCUGAAGAAGUCAAUUAGUUCACUGAUUUCUUGCUGAAUGACGUGAAUUAUCCUUGAUAGAGGAAUCUUUUCAGUGCGAUCAUGUGAUUGAUAGCGAACAAUCUUUGUUGAAGAAGAUAAUCGUUCUUGCUAAAAAGAGAGGGAAUCAACUUCCUUAUGUUAAAUAAUUAUUCUGGAUAAUUCUCUUGUAAAUGACUGCUGGUGGUUGAUGGAGCAAAUGGAGAACCCGGUAAUCAGGCACAGCUCCAGGGAGAUUAAUGCAGUAGCAGAUAAUCUAGGAGGCUGUGGAACAGAUAUUCCAGGAAUUCUGAAAGCAAAAGUGGAUUUUGUUUAUCAGAGGAAGACUCCAGAGUAAGUCUUUGCUUCAAACUAACACCAAAAGGUUACUAUUGUCAGUUGUGUGUAUUUUAUAGUAUGAAUUUUGUACCAAAGGUACUUAGAUUAAUGGCUGUUGGAAAAUGUUUUAAAGAAAUUGUCCUGGUG